GUUCUGCGACAACGAAACGAUACGGAGAUUCACGUAAAGCUACCUUUAUUUAGAGACAAUUUAAACAAUUGAGAGUGUCGAUAGUACUGCAAAACUUAGCCGAGCUCAUACAGGAUAAUGGAUGGCGUGCAGGUUCGGGCGAUGAAGCCGGAAGAACUAGAGCUCAUUCCCCGAUUCUGGUCAGAGGACGUUGGUAUUCCGAUGGAACUCAAUGUUAUGAAGCGGUGGUACCUCUUGGACCCGGAAGGGUUUCGAGUCGCUGUUGAUACAAAAAAUCGAAUAGUUGGCAUGGCCGUCGUACUAAAACAAUGUGAUAAUUUAUUCCUAAUGGGCUAUCUUGGAGUAUCGAUAAGGUACCGUAACAAUGGCGUUGCGAGAUUAUUAUUAAAAAAUCUUAUCUCUCGGUCUCCGACAGCGAAUUACGGGCUUAGCGCAAGUGCGGACAAAUUGGAUAUGUUCUUUCGGCGGGGGUUCCAGAAGGUUGAAAACACAUAUGCCUUCGCCUAUAUCGGAAAAUUCUGUGAUCACCUGGAUGACAGUGCUAAGCCUACGGGAGUAGAGGUUGUUACGAUAACGGCGGGGGAUGGACAAGUCGCCGACUUAGCUGUUUAUGAUCAGGUAGUUAAUGGUUUUACGAGAAACUUGGAACUGAUUUUGCUCGGCGACCCAGCGUCGACGGUGAUGGCCGUAAAGCAGGAGGGAAAGAUAAUUGGCUUUGGGAAAAUGCAAUAUUACAUACUUGGUGGCGCUUGGUUGGGUCCGGUCUAUGCAGACAACGCACGCCUAGCUAGAGUGUUAAUCAACGCCCUAUUACGAAGCUUUCAUAACAAGAAAUGUCCGUACCUAUUCACAAUCAUUAGUGAUCAAGCUAGACCCUUACUGAAAUCGCUUUCACUCAAGUUUACUGACAAACUGACCCGAUGCUAUCUAAAACAGGAUCCGAAAUUUCUUCCGUCGAUGAAAAUAGACAGAGUAUUUGCCUUUGACGACCCGGGUUUUGCUUUAUUAUAAUCAGCCCAGGUUCUCACAGUGCUUGUUACCGUGUCAUCAAGUAAACCACGCUAGUUUCAAUUCAUCUUCAAUAACAAUACGACAAUGAUCAUUAAUAGCAGAAUAGGACCGCUUGUCUGGCUUUUGAAUGGUGUUCAAGUGGUGCAUUG